GUCUGAUUUUGUACAAGCUCAAUUUUUUUUCUUUAUCAAUCAUCGCAACGCGUUCGCCACCAGCAGCGACGAUGAUCCGCAUGACAUGAGCAACCUUUUUGGUAGCUCUUUGUUCUCAAUGCGGGAUGCCCGGAGGAUACAGGCAGCAAAAUGAGUCAGAUGUUCCAGCUGAUGAACCAGGUGACCAAGGAGGCCGUGUCCUGCUUAAAGCAGGAUGUGUAUUCUGUCCAGGAAACGGAACUGGACAGGAAGGACUACUGCACACGAUUCACCAAUGAUGUAAUCGCCUCCACAGCCUUCGGGCUGCAGGUGAAUUCGAUUAAGGAUCGAGAGAACCACCUUCUAUCAGAUGGGCAAAAAGUUGACUAAAUUUACCUUCCUGCAAAACAUUAAGUUCAUGUUGUUC